UAUGAAAAUAUAAAUAGAUAAGGCUGAAACAAAAAUGGGGGCGUUAGUGUUAGACUGUUAGUUACUAGCGGAAUCUGGAAAAGCAUGGUUUGUGUGAGUGUGAAGAAGUGGAAUGUGUUACCCCUGAGUGUGUGUCAGUGUAACUGUGGCAAAAGAUACAUGAAUGGCUACGGCAGUGGCACCGUGACGAUGGAAGGCCAAAAACGUAGUUCCCCCAAAACCCGCAGGAAAUCGUCGUACGGAACUUCUAGAAGGUCCAUUCUGAAGAAAUCCUUCAGCCAGGAGCAAGUCACCUUCACCGCUCCUCUCUCCGACGACCCUCUCGUUGCCGUCAUCGGCGGCGGCAUCUCCGGCCUCAUUUGCGCCCUCUUCUUGGAGAAGCGCGGCGUUCGCUCCACCGUAUUCGACACCGGUAUUCACGGUCUCGGAGGAAGAUUGGGAACCAGGCUCGUCGAUCCUCAGCCGUUGAAAUUUGAUCAUGCGGCUCAGUUCUUUACCGUCGAGGAUUCUCGCUUCGCUGAGAUCGUGAACGCGUGGAUGGAGAAGGGUUUGGUGCGCGAGUGGCAGGGGACCGUUGGAGAGCUUCAUAAUGGUGGUGGCUUUGUUCCGUUUCUACCCUCACCUACGAGAUAUGUAGCUACCAAUGGAAUGCGCUUCCUUGCUGACUCGUUACUAUCUGAGACUCAAAUGGUUAAUGUGGUGAGGCCAUGCUGGAUCAGUAAACUGGAGCCAUUCAAUGGGAUGUGGCACUUGAGUGAAAAUGGCAAGCCUCGUGGCAAGUUCGAUGCCAUUGUUAUUGCACACAAUGGAAAAUGUGCAAAUCGCUUGCUUAUGACAUCAGGAUUACCAUUAAUUGCGAAACAAAUGAAGACGUUGGAGUUGAGUUCAAUAUGGGCCCUUCUAGCAGCAUUUGAGGACCCUCUUCCUUUUCCUGGUAGCACAGAAGUUCCUUUUGAAGGAGCUUUUGUGAGAGGCGUUGAUUCAGUGUCAUGGAUGGCCAAUAAUACCAAAAAACUACUGAUUUCCCAGAGUGGUGGUCCUCACUGCUGGACCUUUCUGAGCACGGCUGCUUAUGGAAAACAGCACAAGGUUCCACAGGAAAACAUCCCUGCUGCUACAGCAGCAAAAGUAAAGGCAGGAAUGCUAGAGGGUGUUGAGACUGCCCUUGGAAUAUCAAAAGGGUCACUUCCAAAACCUUUCUAUACUAGACUUCAAUUAUGGGGUGCAGCUCUUCCAACCAAUACACCUGGAGUUCCUUGUAUCUUUGAUCCUUUUGGAAGGGCUGGGAUAUGUGGUGAUUGGCUUCUGGGUUCUAAUAUAGAGGCAGCUGUCUUAAGUGGAAUCGCUCUAGCAAACCAUAUCGCAGACUAUUUCCAAAGUCCCGUAACUGACUCUGGAGAGUUUGCUGUUGGUUUAAAUCACGAGUUUCAACCACUAGAAGGCCAUGAUAUUGGACAAUUCCCUGGUUUGGGGUCAGAAGAAAAGAUGAAUGAAGGCCAAGCAUACGAACUUGCCAAGUAGUCCAUGGUGCUCUUGAAGUCUUUCAUCUAGUAACAGGAAAUUCAUUCCAUAUGCAGUGCAAAGGAAAUCCCCCUGAAAGCUUCACCGGGUCUCAAUGGAAGAUAUAGCUUGAAGCUCGAACUUCUUUGAGGAAAGAGGGGCCUUAUCUCCCUUCGACAGCCACAUGAUCAUGAGACGUCAUACAAUUGUAAUAUAGGCAUCUCUUCUGAAGAAAGAGAUUGUGGCAUUAUUCUUUUCCUGGAAUGAAUAAAUUUGUCCUUCAAAUGACAACAAAUCCUCUUUCUCAUGA